AUGAGAUUUGCCGGGCCCCGUUUGCAUUCAGCUUUCGCGGCCAUGACGGUACGACUCCCUCCGCUUUGGCUGUUGUUACGUUCGAUUGGCGGCGCAUUUGCCCUCUCUCAAGUCGUGGUCAACCAUACGGUCGUGUUCGGCACCACAUCUCCCUCUGUCAAUGGUCUCGAGUUGUUUCUGGGUCUACCAUACGCUACUCCGCCGCUUGGACCACAGCGAUUCAAGCCCGUUUCGCUCCUCCCGUUCUCUGGUCCAACAUUCAACGCGUCACAAUUUGGGCCGGCGUGCCUCCAGCUCAACCCAACGACGGAGAUUUCAGAAGACUGCCUCACGCUGAAUGUCUAUCGUUCCGCAAAGUCCAGCCGUGCGAAAGGCCUCCCUGUGCUCGUUUGGGUCCAUGGCGGAGACUUUGUUGCGGGUUCGGGCUCGCAGUACGAUGGGAGCCAGAUUGUUGCGCGAGCUGCUGAACGGCGAUCUCCAAUCCUCUUUGUUUCUAUCAACUACAGACUCGGCCCCGUAGGAUUUCCGAUUGGCGCAGACGCCACUGCAGAAAAGUCCCUCAAUUUAGGACUCAAAGACCAGCUUGUCGCACUUGAGUGGAUCAACAAACACAUUGGAUUUUUCGGUGGGGAUCCUUCAAAAGUCACGCUUUGGGGAGAAAGUGCCGGUGCCCACUCUGUGGACAUCCACUUAUAUGGGACUUCAUUGAAGAAAUAUGCGCGUGCCGGGAUACUAGAGUCCACGUAUUGGGACCCACAAUAUGGCCCAGACCAUAAUCUCGACAACUGGGUGUCGUUCAUGAAAGGUCCAAAUGUUUCGGCAGACGAUUUACUUGCAGGCUGGGCCGCCGCCGCAAACGAUCUGGCUUUCAAUCCCGUUAUUGAUGGCCCCGGGGGAGUCUUGCCUGACCUGCCGUCAAAGCUGGUUCCGCGCUCGAGAAUUCCUGUUAUCGUGGGGAGCUGUAAGGAUGAAGGAACGCUGUUUACGCCUCAAGAUGUCGAUUCAACAGCUCCAAUCCGGGAAUGGAUCAUCUCGCACAGUACGCCUUCCCCAAGUGGACCAGAAGCUUUAGCCAAAGCAGCGGACCGUCUUCUGGAGCUAUAUCCAAACGUGGCGGCACUCGGCGCGCCGUUUGGAACGGGGAACGAAACAUUUGGUUUAAAUUCGCAGUUCAAACGAUGGGCGGCGAUAUGGGGAGACUUUUCUUUGGAGGCCCAUAUAAGAGAGCUGCGGCAUUUGAUUAGCUCGUUGGGAAAUAUGCCUUUAUAUGGGUACCAAUUCGCUGACGCUGACGCUGAGUUUCUUGACAUCGGGCAGGCGCCUCGCUCGCUUGGAGUUGCCCACGCGACUGACCUACCUUAUAUCUUCGGCAGUGGCGCUACACCACUGGGCGAUUUGAAGACGCCUUCAGCUCAAGCGUUGAGCACACAGAUGAUGGACUACUGGAUUUCUUUUGUCGUGACAUUGAAUCCGAAUGACGGUCUUGGGUCGAAGCGUAGGGACGCGCUGGAAGGCAUACACAACGUCGAGCAAGAACGUACUCCAGCUGAACGGGACGGCCUCCGCGAGCAUCGAGGACAACUGGCGGGAGGAGAGGAUUGGGUUUAUUUCCAAAAACGCGUGACCACACCCUCUUAUAAAAGACACACACCGUGUCCCAUCGUCCAAUCCACCCUUGCUCCCAACCCCCACCUCCAGCCACCCACCCACUCAUCCACCACUCUCACAUCGCACACAAUGUCUGGCAAAGUCAGUGGCAAAUCCAAGUCUGGCAAGGCCGCCGGCAGCGGUGGUGACGGAAAAGCCCAAUCGCGUUCCUCGAAAGCCGGCCUCCAGUUCCCUGUCGGUCGUAUCCAUCGUCUGCUCAAGAAGGGCAACUACGCACAGCGUGUUGGUGCUGGUGCUCCAGUCUACCUCGCUGCUGUCCUCGAAUACCUUGCUGCCGAGAUUCUUGAGCUCGCUGGCAACGCCGCCCGGGAUAACAAGAAACACCGUAUCGUACCUCGUCACCUACAGCUCGCCAUUCGCAACGAUGAGGAACUGGGCAAGCUUCUUGGCUCAGUAGUCAUCUCGCAGGGUGGUGUUGUCCCCCACAUCGAUGCCGCCCUUCUCCCUACGGCAACUGGCAAGAAAGGAAAGGGUGGUGCUUCGCAGGAGGCAUAG